GGCACAACGCAGCACUUCAUGCAAAAGAUGUACAUUCGUUAGCAUUGACGAACAUUAAGUCUGAUUAUCCGACCAUACCGCUAAAAAUAUUUUUACUACUUUAUACUAAUUGCGGACAAAAAGGACUUUCCCCAACAACGCGCAACCUCAACCGUGUCGCCCCUCUCGGCGCCUAAACACAAAGACCGCCCGACAAAGCUGCAGCUACCAAGGCACCCGGACCGACUUGUACUGUUUUCGGUGGUUGGCCCCGUCUUACCUACGACUUCUCAGAGGAGUCCGUCCAGUUUGUGUAGCCCCUGAAUCCAAACAAGACCUUCAAGUCCCAUUCGACUACUUCGGCGUCAACGACCACAUUCGCCAGUCGCAUCCGACGCGGAACUCCCGAAACUGCCUCGUAUCAUACCGACGACGAUAAUCUUGAUUAGAAUCUCGCGACAAAAUGGCACAGUCAGGGACCGGGGCAUACAACAACCCCUUGAAGAAAUUCAAGUUGGUGUUUUUGGGUGAACAGAGCGUCGGCAAGACUUCUCUGAUCACUCGAUUCAUGUACGACUCUUUCGACGGCAUGUACCAAGCUACUAUCGGAAUCGACUUUCUCUCCAAGGCAAGCAAGCCACCGCGCACCCCACCGAUCAAGCGAAUCCUCAGCUGGCACAGCGAUCGACCAACCAUGUACUUGGAAGACAGGACGGUGCGGCUACAGCUAUGGGAUACGGCAGGCCAAGAGAGGUUCAGGAGUCUGAUUCCCUCCUACAUUCGCGACUCGAGUGUAGCCGUGGUGGUCUAUGAUAUAUCAAAUGCGAAAUCUUUCCAGAACACACGAAAAUGGAUAGACGAUGUGCGGGCGGAAAGAGGCAACGAUGUUAUCAUUGUCUUGGUCGGCAACAAGACAGACUUGAACGACAAGCGCGAGGUUACGACACAGCAAGGCGAGGAAGAGGCCAAGAAGAACAACCUGAUGUUUAUCGAGACCAGCGCCAAGGUUGGCCAUAAUGUUCAGCCGCUAUUUAAAAGGAUAGCACGCUCCCUGCCAGGCAUGGAGGGUACCGAGGCGGCGCAACAGGCUGCCAGUCAAAUGAUCGAUGUCAAGACAAACAACACACAGGCGCAACAGGAAGGAUGCGCCUGCUAAGAUGGACUGACGUCGUCAGAUUCAGUUCUUUUCUUUUCCUUUUUUUUUUUCUCUCGAUACAUGAAGGCGACAUGCUUAUGGGAAGGUAAUUUUUGCUGGCCAUUGUUAAGACUAAGUAUCUGCCAGAAGUAAGUAGUGUUGUAUAAUAACAAAGAAUGAUACUAUGGGGCUAUGGGGCCAUGAAUGAUGAAAAUGGGCUCUCUCGGGUGGUUUUUAUUCUGCGCUCGGUCCUUGAAGCUAUAACUACCAUAUAGGUACCUAUGCACCUAAUACAUCAUUUCACUUGACA